UUAAAAAAUUUCCUUCCUUAUCAAUCCUUGGACGCUUUGACAUGUUCAGACUAAAUCGCGCUGUGAACAGACAGUGCUUCCUUCGCCAACGACAGCAAUUUGUACCAAAGCGUUUAUUUUCCAAUAUUAAUAAUUAUGAUAGUUUAAUUUUGAACGCUUAUACUCCCAAAAACGGUAAACCUAGCUUAAUCGCUUCGUCAAAGGACAUUUCCAAUAACACUCGGCAAGCUAUUGAAGAGCAGCUAGGAAUCUCCAAUUUCAAGAAACUAGGAGACGUUCGUACCAUAUACAAUGUAGGCGGAGUCUCUCGAGUAACUAUUGUAUCAGUUGGAGAAGAACAGCCUAAAACACUUGCAGAGGAACAGGAGGCAGCGCGUAAAGCCACAGCCCUCGGAUUGCAGGCUUUGAAACCUCUAGGCGCUAAACGUGUUGGUGUCGAUGUUUCUAUGAAUGUUCAAGGUGCAGCCGAAGGCUCCGUGUUGUCACAGUUUUCCUUUAGUAAGCUGAAGUCUCCUACUGCUAUUGAAAAGGAAGAUAAUAUAGAAAUGGGUCCUUGGGCUUCAGUGUCUGCUGCUGGUUCAGCCAAUUCUUCAAUUAAUAAAGACUGGGAAACUGGACAAAUCUAUGGAGCCUCGCAAAAUGUCGCUCGUAUGUUGAUGACUGCACCUGCAAAUUUAAUGACACCGAAACUGUUUUCAGAGGAAAUUGCCUACCUACUAGCAGGCUUGGAAAACGUAGAAGUAAUAGUAAGGGACGAGGAUUGGGUGAGGCGAAAAAAUAUGAAUGCCUUCUUAUCGGUAGCUAGGGGCAGUGACGAACCAUUAAGGUUGCUAGAGAUUCAUUAUAAAGGGGGUAAAGAAGGAGAUAGGUGCCAUGGUUUGGUAGGAAAAGGCAUCACGUUUGACAGCGGAGGUAUUUCAUUGAAGCCCUCUAAUGGUUUGGCUCUUAUGAAAGGAGAUAUGGGAGGAGCGGCUACAGUAGCGGGUGCGCUGUAUGGUAUUAGUAAAUUGCAACUUCCCAUCAAUAUGAUUGCUAUGCUUCCGUUGUGCGAAAACAUGCCUUCCGGUAAAGCAAGUAAGCCGGGGGAUGUCAUUAAAGCCAUGAAUGGAAAAUCUAUCGAAAUCUUAGACACAGAUGCAGAAGGCCGCUUAGUAUUGGCCGAUGCAUUGUACUACUUGAGUUCAGAAUACUCGCCAGAAAGUAUGAUUGAUCUUGCUACAUUGACUGGCGCUAUGGAUGUUGCAUUAGGUGAUGUAUACGCAGGUGUAUUCACUAACUGUGACAAGUUAUGGAAUAGUUUGGAGAAAGCUGGCAAGCAGACAUCGGAUCCCUUCUGGAGAAUGCCACUAGAUGAUGGAUACGUAGAAGAGAUGAAAGACUCGCUUGUAGCUGAUUUGAACAAUUUAGGUAAAGGUAGAUCAGGUGGUGCUUGUUCAGCUGCAGCCUUUUUGAAAGAGUUUGUUGCUGAUGUUAACAAGACGGCUUGGGCACACAUCGAUAUUGCCGGUGUGAUGGAAAGUUCGUCGACAAUUGGUUACAACAUUAAAGGCAUGAGCGGCCGUCCCACGAGAUCGUUAAUAGAAUACGCCAGAAAUCUUAUAAAUUAAAAACAUUGUAUAUUUGGAGUACAAAAAAAAGAAAUGUGUAACUUCAUAACAGUUUGUUUGAGCCACGUGCUAUUCAAUGACCAUGAUUUUUCAAUUGUUUUUGAGGGGGAAAAUUCAAUAUUGAAGGCAGCAGCAAAAAUCAAAGCGUUCUCCGUGCAUCUAUCUUUUCUUUAAAUCACUUUUUCU